AUGGUGACUCCAACUGCUUUACCCCCGCUACCCUUUAAUCCGGGUCGGGUACGAACCUAUCUCGUCCGGUUACCGCUGUUCACUCGGUUGGUGUUGCUGAUCAUCUUGGCCUUCUGGUUGCUCGAGUUGCAAACGAUGUGGAGUAUUGUGCAAUGGGGUGCUUUGAUUCCAGAGGAAAUUAAUUUCGGGACGAUGUACCGACUUAAUACCUACCCUUUCAUCCAUACCGGCUUUUUCCACGCUCUGUUUAAUGCUCUCGCUGUUGCCCCAUUGUUGGAGCGCUUCGAGGCUGAACAUGGUACCCUGACUGCGGUUGCUUUGUUUGUUGGACCUCUGUCGACUGUUCCCGCUGGUCUUUAUAUCUUGAUCGAGAGGGUUAUGCUCCACAGGAAUACCUCUGUGAUCGGUGCAAGUGUCUGGGUUUUCCUACUCUUGGGCUCCGAGGCCAUCAAGACUUACAAGUCUCACCCCAACUUCAGUCUUGGUCCUUACAAGAUCCCCACCUGGACUUCGCCUCUGUUCGCCUGUAUCGUUGUAUCGAUCCUGAUCUCCAACGUGAGUUUCCUCGGUCAUCUCUGCGCAAUUCUUGUCGGCUAUCUACUCGGUCUCGGAUACCUUAAGGUCUUCGUUCCCCCAGAGAAGGUCCUCCGCUGGAUCGAGGGCAAGCUGAACCUCCUUGGACGCCUUCCCCACUAUGUCUCCGUCGAUCAAAAGACGUAUGGCCGCUACGGAGUCCUCCCUACCGCCAACCAAGCCAGCGAGCAAACACCCCUGAGCUAUCUGGGAACAUCGCAACGCCUUGGAGCUUGA